CUAAGCCUCUAAGCACCAGCCGCCAUCUCCAUCCUCUUUCUUGGCCGCCACCUCGUCGCCUGUCGUCUUGCCAUCGGAUCAUCACCAUCAUUCGUCGCCGAUUGUUGUGCAUAGCCGGGAGAGACCACCGAGGGCUGUCGAGGGUAGCUGCACCGGGUAGGGAUCGGAGAACCAUUGCUGUGACCGCAGCCUGCUGCCUCCCCAUUGUGAAGCCGUCACACCUUUGCUGCCGGUGACGCCAUGCGCGAACGAAGAAAGCCGACUGGAGCGACGUCUGGGCAGUGUGAUAGCGUCCUCGGACGCCUCUUCUCUUUCUUCUCCUGCCCCGCCUUUCAGCCAUGCCGCCAUCGCCGCUAGGGCCGUCGAGCGCCGCCGCUAACCGAUCUUUUGCUGCUGGUACUGUUUCAUCGCUGCCAUCAGAUGUCGUCAUUUCCGUGGUGGCAGAAGAAGAAGAAGACCGACGCUGUGGUCGUGAGAGAAGCCGGUCGUGUUUGCGGCUGUGGGGUUCGUGGUUUCUGCCGCCGACAUUGCCGUUAAGCCGCUGCUGCUGGACUUCUUGUGUCAGCAUCGCCGCCAGUUCCGGAAUCUGUCAAUCAGCGGCUGGAGCGUAUCUACGGGACUUCAGCAGUGUCAGGUAUUCGGAUGAUCGCAGGAAGGCGAAGGCGUGAUCGUGCACAUCUUUACAUUUUCAUGAUUGAUUAUGGGGAUACUCUGAUGUUUAAAUUAUUUUGAAAGUAAACUGUAAUGACUUAAUGGUUUUAAAUGUUUUAAAAAGUUUAAAUUGGCUUGAAUUUUUGGGGUG